CUUUUUUGUUCCUUGCUGCUGCAACAAAACCAAGAAACAGCAGCAAGCCUUUCUCCUUCCUCGGAGGAAACUUCCAAUCCACAACACCACUCCUCCUCCCAUCUUCUUCCUCCUCCGGUGCUCCCUAUAAAACCCCUCGCCUCCCCACCCUCCCACAGGCCCCCACCACACCACCAAGAAAAUAAAUUCAGAGAAAGGAGGAGCAGACAAGUAUAGCUAGCUAGCUGUCUCCUCCCCUGCUCCCAGACUCUGCCUGUCCUGCCCCCCAUGGCUCCGAGGUGGGCCCCGCCCGCUGGCCUCGUCGUGCUUGUGGCGCUGCUCGCGCUGCUGCUGGCGGCGGCGGCGGUGGUGCGCGGGGACAAGCCCGUGAGGGGUGGGGCGUCCAGCUCCGUCGCCGGCGUGGAGACCGAGGCGUCCUCCGCCGUCUUCCCGCUCUACGGCGACGUCUACCCGCACGGCUUGUACUAUGUGGCCAUGAACAUCGGCAACCCGCCCAAGCCAUACUUCCUGGACGUCGACACCGGCAGCGAUCUCACCUGGCUGCAGUGCGACGCGCCCUGCAGGAGCUGCAACAAGGUGCCACACCCACUCUACCGGCCAACAAAGAACAAGCUGGUGCCAUGCGUGGAUCAACUGUGUGCUUCCCUCCACAACGGGCUAAACAGGAAACACAAAUGUGAUUCACCAUAUGAGCAAUGCGACUAUGUGAUUAAGUAUGCAGAUCAGGGGUCAUCCACCGGUGUGCUUGUCAAUGACAGCUUCGCGCUCCGACUCGCAAAUGGCUCUGUUGUCCGCCCCAGUCUGGCGUUCGGGUGUGGUUAUGAUCAACAGGUCAGCAGCGGUGAGAUGUCGCCUACUGACGGUGUGCUUGGGCUUGGGACUGGAUCAGUUAGCUUACUUUCACAGUUCAAACAGCAUGGAGUCACCAAGAACGUGGUUGGCCACUGCCUCAGCCUAAGAGGUGGCGGGUUCCUCUUCUUUGGUGAUGAUCUUGUGCCUUAUCAACGUGUGACAUGGACUCCUAUGGUUCGCAGUCCUCUCCGGAAUUACUAUUCCCCUGGCUCAGCAAGUCUGUACUUUGGUGACCAGUCACUGCGUGUGAAACUGACGGAAGUAGUCUUUGACAGUGGAAGCUCAUUCACCUACUUUGCUGCACAGCCAUAUCAAGCACUUGUCACCGCUCUUAAGGGUGACCUAAGCAGGACGCUGAAAGAGGUAUCUGAUCCCUCUCUUCCUCUGUGCUGGAAAGGGAAGAAACCAUUCAAAUCUGUGCUUGAUGUGAAAAAGGAAUUCAAAUCUUUGGUGCUGAACUUUGGCAAUGGCAACAAGGCGUUCAUGGAGAUCCCUCCUCAAAACUACCUCAUUGUUACAAAAUACGGUAAUGCCUGUUUGGGCAUCCUCAAUGGAUCCGAAGUCGGUCUCAAGGAUCUGAGCAUUCUUGGAGACAUUACGAUGCAGGAUCAGAUGGUGAUUUAUGACAAUGAGAAAGGGCAAAUUGGAUGGAUUCGUGCACCUUGUGAUAGAAUCCCCAACGACAAUACCAUUGAUGGAUUUGAUGAACGUUAUUGUUGGCCUCAAUUCCCGGGGAUCAUGGGUCUUCCGAAUGAAGAUUGCCCAGCCUAUUACCGUUCAAACAAAGAGUGAUUUGCCCAAGGGGAGGCCGCUAGAGUGACAGAAAGAACAGAAGGAUGAUCACCAUGGGGAGGCUGGACACAGUGUUAGGAUCGUGUAUUCUUUAGGAAAGAGAGAACCUAGUCACAUGUAAACAUCAUAAUGUUCAUAUAUGAAAUAUAAUGAUCACCCUGUUACGAGUAUACUCUUUUCGAGCUUUUCUUUGUACAUUCUUUACUUGGUGUUCUAUUGAUGUGAUAUAUAUACUACGGUUCCAGGUGU